CCGAUACUUCGCAUAGAAAGAAAAAUAAUUUUAAGGUGUAAAGAAGAGAACAAGCAACAUGGACACGAAUAAAAAUGUUGAUAGCUUUAAUGCUGAUGAAUUGGUAGCACCCGGGUGGCUAAAUGAGCAGUUUUUUGAGGAAGUGCUUCGCAAACAUGAAAAGGCGCCUGAUCUGAAAGUCCUAGAUCUCCACAUGACUCCAGCAAGUGCCAAGGGAGAUCACUACGCGAGCGUUAUGUUUCGUGCAAAUGUCUCGUUUAGCACACAGGAGGGCAAGCUCUCCAAGUCGCUGAUCAUCAAGACUAUGCCCGAUCAGGAGGGUCACAAGAAAGAAAUGCUCGAAACCUCAAAUAUUUUUCGUACUGAGAUUGCCAUGUACACGAAGGUGUUGCCCAAGUUUGAGGAGAUUCUCCGAGAGGCGGGCGAUAAUACCAAGCUAUGUGUGCCCUGCAUUUAUUGCAGCUUGAAUCCGCGAAAGGUAAUGAUCUUUGAAGAUCUGGUGCCGCAAGGGUAUACGAUCAUAAGGAAACGCGACGCUACCAUCGAGGAGCUGAAGCUCGCAUUUCUUAAGCUUGCCAAAUGGCAUGCAGUCAGUGUUCAUAUGCUGCAAGAGCAACCCGAUUAUCUGCAAGAACUUAAAUAUGGCCUGUUUGAGAUACCAAAUAUGCGGCAAGACCCCUUUUGUACCACUGGCAUGCGAAAGUUCCUCGAAUUGCUGGAAGAGAUUCCAGAAUUGAGAAAGUAUAUACCCCAUUUCAAGAAGAUGGAAAAUGAUUAUGUGGAUCGUUUGGAAGCUGUAAUGCAGGAGUAUCGCAAUAAUCGCAAACCCAAUGGAUAUUACGUGCUCUGCCAUGGCGACUUUCAUCUGAAAAACAUGAUGUUCAAGCACAAGGCAAAUGGAAGUUUGGAAGAUGUCAUGUUAUUGGAUUUUCAAAUAAGCAACAUUUGCCCGAUUACCAUUGAUCUGAUCUAUGCCGUCUAUAUGCUGAUGGGAAUAGAAGAUCGUCAUAAAAACUACAAGCAUCUCAUUAACUACUACUUUUCCCAGUUCCUCACAACAUUGCAGAAUAUUGGCUUUAAGGGCGAGUUGCCAAAUUCGGUAGAGUUUUGGCAACAAAUGUCCCAGCAUAAGUGCUAUGAUAUUUACUUGCUAACUACAUUUUUGCCAAUGAUGUGUGCCCUUAAGUUGUAUGCCUUUGACCCUGCUGAUAUAUUUCAAAACGAAGAUGUGCGGAAAACAAUGUACCGUCUAGAUUUGUACAUCGAAGAUGUGAAGAAUCUGUUGUCCAGAUUCGAGAAAGAGGGAUACUUUGCAAAGUCUGUUUAAUUCUUUUAUGAUUAAUCUUAACUCAAGCCAAGAAAUAUAUACAAAAUAAAU